AUGCAAGUGUAUUUUUCUUAUACAAACUCUAACACUGGUGGCCAUAAUCCUGAGAGGUUAAGCUUAUUGAAAGGUGGAAUUGUCUACAGCAAUGCAAUAGUUACAGUUUCUCCAACAUAUCUCAAGGAAACACUCUGCUCUGGAUGGCUUUCAAGUACUUUGAUAAGACACCGUGAUAAGUACGUAGGUAUAGUAAAUGGAAUAGACACUGUGAUGUGGAACCCUUCUAUUGAUGUUUUCUUGCCUUCAAAGUUCCAUGCUCAAAACUCUGAGGGCAAAAAGUUAUGCAAAUACUAUGUCCAAAGAGGACUUGGUUUGGCCUCGAGAAACCAUGUGCCAGAUACUGCACUCAAGGUGCCCUUGGUUGUGUGCAUCACUCGCUUAGUUGCACAAAAGGGUCUUCAUUUGAUUAUUCAUGCAAUUAAGCAAGUUGAAGAACUUGGUGGACAGAUGGUUAUACUGGGAAAAGCUCCUGAUUCUCGGGUUGAAAGUGAAUUUGAAGGUCUUGUGAAUUUGCAUAACCAAGGUCCCAGCAUUCGGAUAUUGUUGAUGUAUAGUGAGGAGCUAUCCCACUUGCUGUAUGCUGCUGCAGACUUUAUACUAGUUCCUUCCAUGUAUGAGCCAUGUGGACUUGCCCAAAUGAUUGGAAUGCGUUAUGGGGCAGUCCCAGUAGUUAGAAAGACUGGCGGUCUUGCAGACACAGUCUUUGACAUGGAUGAUGAGCCAAACCAUGAGAUGGCCAAUGGGUUUGUUUUUGAAGGAAUUGAUGAAGGAUCCCUAAAUAGGGCUCUAGGUCGUGCAUUCGCUUGCUACAGAAACAAACCAGAUGAAUGGAAUGGCAUUGUUAAGAAGGUUAUGGCAGUUGACAAUAGCUGGAACAACACAGCUGGAAAGUAUAUUGAGAUUUAUGAAUCAGUGAGAGCAUGA